AUGAUUCACACAUAUCCCUUCCCGGCCGACUUGAUUGAUGAAGUCAACAAAGCACACUAUGAGGCUUCCCGUGAGGACUUGGUUCAACAAGUCACACAAUCAGAUGUCUUCGUCGUUGUUCAUGAAAAAAUAAUACGCCAUCAUGAACCAGAGUUCAUUAUCGAGGGGGCUUUCUACACUUUAGACUCUGCCAACUACAAAACGAUGGAGACAUUCCGACAAUACUAUCCAGACUACGAGCCGGCAAGCUUCUAUGCCAAGAAUACAUGGCAGGCUGUUGGAGAGAACUCAGUGGGCUGGUAUCUGUCUAGAAGUGGGACUUUGUCUUUGGAAGUCCAUGACCAUGAUGGAAACAUUUGUCGAAUUUAUGCAGAAAGGCAUGAAAUUGAGUAA